UCACUCAGACCACAGAGAACAUGAAAGACACGAGGAAAUAGACACAGUAGCCUACAGAAAAACACUGUCCAGUGGGUUACAGUCUCUGGAGGUUUGAGGGGAAAACUGGUUCUGAACUGUGAAUGUCUCUCAUCUGUGCAUAUGAAUUAGUAAAUUAAAAGAAGCAUCUGUUCAUUCCUCAUUUGAAUAUCCUCAACCAGCUGGGGAAAACACGAGGAGUUUUGCAGACUGCAGGAUGUUCUCGUCAGUAAAGCCGUUUGAAGGGCAGCAGUUUUCAGCCCUGAGGAAACAGUGCCAGCAGAACAGGACUCUGUUCGAAGACCCACUCUUCCUCCCUCUGGACCAGUCGCUCUUCUAUCAUGGAAACCGCAUUGGAAAAGUCACCUGGAAGAGACCAAAGGAGCUCUGUGAAGACCCACACUUGUUUGUGAAUGGAAUUAGUGCCCAUGACCUGCACCAGGGGCAGCUGGGAAACUGCUGGUUUGUGGCAGCGUGUUCCAGUCUAGCUUCCAGAGAAGCUCUGUGGCAGAAGGUUAUUCCUGAUUGGAAGGACCAGGAAUGGGAGAAACCAGAGAGCUAUGCUGGGAUUUUUCAUUUUCGGUUCUGGCGUUUUGGGGAAUGGGUGGACAUCGUCAUUGAUGACCGACUGCCAACCGCAAACGGGAAGCUCAUCUACUGCCACUCCAACGACAGUAAUGAGUUCUGGAGUGCUCUGGUGGAGAAAGCCUAUGCCAAGUUAUGUGGAUGUUAUGAGGCUUUGGAUGGUGGCAACACAGGUGAUGCUCUGGUGGAUUUCACUGGCGGUGUAUCCGAGCCCAUGGAUCUGCUGGAAGGGAAGUUUAACCAGGAGGAAGAGGCCCGUCAUCAGCUGUUUGAGCGGGUUCUGAAGGUCCACAACAGAGGAGGCCUGAUCAGCUGCUCCAUUAAAGCGACUACUCAGGCGGACAUGGAGGCCCGUUUAGACUGCGGCCUGGUCAAAGGUCACGCGUAUGCUGUAACUGAUGUGCGUAAGGUGCGUCUGGGCACCGGCCUGCUGGCCUUCUUCAAAUCAGAGAAGCUCUCCAUGAUCCGCAUGAGGAACCCGUGGGGUCAGAGAGAGUGGAAUGGAGCUUGGAGCGACAGCUCAGAGGAGUGGAAGAGAGUCAGUAAGAGUGAGCGAGAGCGGUUGGGUGUGACCGUGGAGGAUGAUGGCGAGUUCUGGAUGGAUUUUGAUGAUUUCUGUAAGUAUUUCACAGACCUGAUUCUGUGCCGCUUGAUUAAUACGUCGUACUUGAGCAUCCACAAGACCUGGGAUGAGGAAGUGAUGCAAGGCUCCUGGAGUCGCCACGACGACCCUUUAAGGAACCGAUCUGGAGGCUGCGUUAACCACAAAGCCACGUUCCUCCAGAACCCACAGUACGUGUUUGACGUGACGAAGCCAGAGGAUGAAGUUUUGAUCUGCCUACAGCAGCAGGACAAGAGAAUCCGAUCCAAAGAAGGGAAAGGAGAGAACGUGGCCAUCGGCUUUGAUAUCCAAAAAGUGGAGCUCAACCGGACGUACCGCAUGCACAGUAUUCAGAAAACGGUGGGCAGCUCCAUUUACAUUAACUCCCGCAGCGUCUUUCUGCGCAAGGACCUGAAGGAGGGCCGCUAUGUCAUCAUUCCCACGACCUUUGAACCCGGCCUGCAGGGAGACUUCCUGUUGCGCAUCUUCACGGAUGUACCUUCCGGCUUCAAGGAGCUGACAGUAGACGAGCCGCCCCAGACGUGUUGGACGGGGUGUUGUGGGUAUCCAAAGCUGGUCACGCAGGUGCACGUCCACAGAGCAGACGGACUCAAGGCUCAGGACUCAGAUGGAUCGUCUGAUCCGUACGUCAUCAUCAGCUGUGAGGGAGUGAAGGUUCGUUCUAAGGUGCACAAAGACACACAGACCCCAGACUUUGACGUGAAGGCUGUUUUCUACAGGAAGAAGCCAAAAGAGCCGAUCUGCAUUCAGAUCUACAACAAGAACCUUCUGAAGGACUCGUUCAUGGGUCAGGCGACCUUGAGCGGUGACCUGUCUGACCUGCAGCAGCUUCACACCCUUCACCUGCGGGACAAAGGAAACCGGCAGAACAAUGACCUCUCGGGUCUCGUCUCGGUGAGCCUCAGUACCAGCGACGUCCUGACCAACAUCUGACGUCACUCACGGUCAACGCUGUUCCUGUGGUACUUUAUCUGUUGUAUUGCACAUAUAUUUACAUAGUCAAGGUUUUCUUUUGGGAAUGUUUCUUGGAAGCAAAAUGUACUUGUUUACAAGCACUUUUUACACCUUAAAGCUGUCAUUUCCUGGUAUUAGGUGCUUCCUAUUGUGUUUGUCUUGGAAAAUAUAUAUAUAUAUAUAUCGGAUAUUAUAGGACAUGCAUCUAUCACUAUAUGAAAUAGCAUGCUGUAUAUGCAUUUAUCUAAUACCUCUUGUCACUAUUCAGGUAAGGUAGUGCAGAUAUGUAGUAAUGAAUUUCAGUUUCAUUUUUGUAUGUUAACAUAAUUUGGCCAAACAAUCAGUAAUUGAAGGUAAAGGACUUUUUCUGUUUAAUCUCUGUUUACACUAAAUGUUUAAAUAUGGAGGGCAUUCCUUUUAUGUAUUUUUCUCCUUGAAAUAUUUGCCAUAAUCUAGUGUUGAUUUUUAUGAACCUGUGCCAAGUUUGUCAAGCUUUUGUGAAAUGAAACAUUUCUCCAAAUUAUGUAGUGUUUUAUCAGGUCUUUUCAUGUGUUUACCAGAAUCCAGGAUUCAUUUAUUUUGAACAUGGUCUUCGAAGUGAAGGUAUCAGACAGA